AUGGACGAAUUUUUAAUUGAGAAAAAUCAAUUAGGAUAUUUAGAUGUCAGAUUCUUUGGUACUGUGUUUGGCAUUGAAGCACUUAUGCUUCCAUAUGCCAUGAAGCUUUGUGGGCUUUCUAAUGGGUUUAUUUUGAUAUUAAUUUCAGCGCUUGCAAAUGUUGGGAUUCAAAUAUUAAAUUCCAAGACAAAACAAGAAAAAAAUAUAGAACUAGGGAAAAUAAUUACUCAUAUGGUAGGAAAACUCAUAACAAUGCAAUAUUUGAUAUAUCAAUUAUGGUUUUAUCAGAUAAAUUAUUAUUAUGAAUUUGACUUGAAUUCAUGGAUAAUCCCUUUUAUAUGAUCAUUAGUUUUUUCAGUAAUCGUGCUUUAUUUAACGGUCUUUCAGAAGGUAAAAGACUCAGUUAUUCCUCAUUUAUUGACAAUUCUUACAGCUGCAAUUAUAGUUAUUUAUUUAGUUCUUGACAUGAAUUCUUUAUUGCCGAAAGUCCCAUCGUUUAAUGACUCAUUUGUGUUUUCAACAGGAAUUUCUGAAAAAUCUGGGUAUCCUUUUAUGAUUUGCAUUAUGAUUUUUACAUCACAUUAUAGAUUUACAGAUAUAAAGCAGAGGAUAAAAAUAACUGAUACAAUCUGCUUAUUAAGUGCAUGAUAUUUUGUUAUAGGAUUAUUUGGGUAUUUGUCAUUAUUAGACUACACUCCAGAAAUCAUUCUAUUUGGAGCGCAUUUUGGGAAUUAUAAAAUCUUGGCUUUUUUGUCGAUGUCGCUAUUAUUUAUUUGCCAAUUUUGGAAGCUUCUUGUAUAUUUGAAUUUUGUAAAAAAAAGAUUGCCAAAAAUUAAAAAAAGCCAAGAAAUUCUAAUUUCCUUGAUUUUUAUCAUUACUCUAGUAAUCUCCCAACUACUUUCUCUAAAAUCUUUGGUUUAUAUUAGCUAUUUUUGCUUUAUUAUAUCAAACCUGGUGAUUAAUAGCAUUACAACGAAGAGAAGAUUCGGUUUUAUUUUUAUUUCAAUAUUGCUUAUAGGAAUAGCAACUAGUAGUUUAGAAUAA